UUUGUUAACAACAUUUCUCACAUGUCUUUAUUGUGUGUAACAGUGAAGCGUGCAAAGCUGCAAGGCUCAAUAGAAGAAUUUCAUUCUUAUGUUACAUUAAAGCUACAAAAUGUAAAAUCUACAACUGUUGCUGUUAGAGGAAUACAACCACAAUGGGAACAAGAAUUUAUUUUUGAAACAAAUAGACUUGAUCAAGCUCUUUUUCUUGAAUUAUGGAAUAAAGGAGUUUUGUGGGAUAAAUUGUUGGGUGUUUGUUUUAUGAGAUUAUGUGAUGUUGGGUAUUCAAAUUCCUCUGGUUGUGGUAAAUGGCUACAAGUUGAUCAUGAAUUUAGAACAUUGAAUGGGGAUAUUGUUGGAACCUUACAUUCUACUGGUCAUUCUGUGUUGGUUGACUGUCGAUUUGAACUUCCUUACGGUAAAUAUUUAAUUUUUAUAAAAAAACUUGAAAUUCUCAACUUGAAACUAAGGUUGGCGGAUAGUUGGAAAUCUUCGGAUAUCCGGAUCCGGUAUCCGAUCCGAAAAUUUCGGAUAUCCGGAUCCGGAACCGAUAUCCGAACCGAAAUUUUCGGAUAUCCGGAUCCGGAACCGAAAUUUGUAUUUUAA